AUGCGGGUGUGCAGUGGGUUUUUACUUCUAUCUUUGUGCUUUCUACAGGUAAACACGCAAUACUACAGCAUCCUAACGCGCGUUAUCCAAGGCACUCCGACAUCCAUCGAGCAGUUUCCGAUCAUAGCUCAGCUGUUGCUGGACGCGUGGGGCAGCCAGGACUACAUCCAGCACUGUGCUGGGACUAUUCUGACAUCACGGCAUGUGCUCACUGCGGCACACUGUUUUCAAUACAAUGCGAAUACAGGGAGGAAUUACACUCUACCUAAAUAUUGGAAGAUUCGUGUCGGAUCCACAUACCGGACACGAGGAGGCGUGCUCCACAACAUUAAGUCAAUCAUACCGCAUCAAGCCUUCGACAAAUACUUCUAUACCAACGAUAUAGCUAUGGUCGUUGUCUCCAGACCAUUCUCCUUUAACAGUUAUGUAAAACAAAGCACUAUUAUCAAACAAGGAGUGGAAAUUAAGCCUAAUUCGAUGGCUACACUUAUUGGUUGGGGAGUUAUCGAGCCGGACGGCCCACAGCCAGAUCAACUGCAACGUACCGCCCUCUUCACAAUAGACCAUAACAUUUGCGCCUCUCGUUACAACACUAUCGGGGCUGUGAUCCAAGACUCUAUGAUGUGUGCUGGACGAGUAGACGCAGGAGGCCCUGAUGGCUGCUUCGGCGACUCCGGAGGCCCAUUAAUAUACAAAGGCUUGGUUGUAGGCAUAGUGUCUUUUGGAUAUUCAUGUGGCCAUCGAUAUUUUCCUGGCGUCUACACGAAAGUCUCGUACUACACAAACUGGGUUCUCACUACUGUUAGUAAUAAUAAAUGA